CGACCUUUCUAAACCUCGACUUCCUCUGGUACUACUUGGCCGGCUGCCUUGUUGUAUAUACUCCUGAUUGAAAAGACCAUCCAUCGCCUGUUGUGCUUGUCAACUCCAACCCCAAGCCAACAACCACACAAGCCACCUAACCCCCAGCUGGCCUGACAAGUCCAGCAACCACCACCACAACCACCUCAACCUCGACGAGACCAACAUCAUCACGACCGUAUUGGUGCCAGCCACAAACACAACCUCUGUCACACCGAGUGGUGCUUUUCCCUCACACACAUCCAGACAUAUAAACAUAUAUAUAUAUAUACCCGCCAUGUCUUCUUCCGCCAACACCACAUCAUCGUCGGCCGCGACGCAGGUCGUCGACUCGUCAAAACCGGCCGCCGGCAGCAUGGCGCAGUACGUGGACGCGGACGACCUGCGGACCAUGUUCUCGCAGGCCAUGUCUGCCAUGUACCGGGCCGAGGUGCCGCUGUACGGGGACCUGAUCCGCAUCGUCAACGAGACCAACACGGCCGUGCUGGCGACGUCGGCCGACGCAAAGAUCGAGGCCCUGCGCCGCCACGGCAACGUCGCCGCCGAGCGCCUCGACCUCGAGCGCCACGGCGCCAUCCGCCUCGGCAAGCCCGACGAGCUGCACACCGUCCGCCGCCUCUUCCGCAUCAUCGGCCUCGACCCCGUCGGCUACUACGACCUCUCCGUCGCCGGCCUCCCCAUGCACGCCACCGCCUUCCGCCCGACCGACCCGGCCGCCCUCAAGAAGAACCCCUUCCGCGUCUUCACCACCCUCCUCCGCCCGGAGCUCCUCGUCGACGCUGACGCCCGCGACCUCGCCCUCUCCCUCCUCGCCCGCCGCAACAUCUUCACUCGCCAGCUCAUGCAACUUAUCGCUGCCGCAGAGUCCCCCGCCCAGGGCGGCCGCCUCACCACCGAGCAGGCGCCCCUCUUCAUCGCCGAGGCCAUGAAGACCUUUUCCUGGCGCGCCGCCGCCGUCGCCACCGAGGCGGAGUACCUCCAGCUGAAAGCAGAGCACCCCAUCCUCGCAGACAUUGCCUGCUUCCAGAGCUCCCACAUCAACCACCUCACCCCGCGCACCCUCGACAUCGAGGUCGCCCAGGACCGCAUGCUCGACGACGGGCUCGCCAUCAAGGACCGCAUCGAGGGCCCGCCCCGACGCAACUGCCCCAUCCUGCUCCGCCAGACCAGCUUCCUCGCCCUCGAGGAGAAGAUCAAGUUCCCCCAGUCCCUCGGCGGUAGCAGCGUCCCCGCCGCCGUAGACGAGGAGACCCUCCUCGACGACAGCCAGCACCCCGAAGACGACGACGCGGCAGACCCGGCAUCCUACAAGAUCGGCACCCACAAGGCCCGCUUCGGCGAGAUCGAGGAGCGCGGCGCCGCCGUGACACCCCUGGGCAGGAAACUCUACGACCGCCUCCUCCACGAGAGCUCCCUCGCCGCCGCCUCGGCGGGCCACCCGGCCAGCAGCCAGCGCCAGCACAACCGGCGCAUGGACGAGGCGUCCGAGCGCAUCUUUGGCGCGUCGUACCCGGACUCGUGGGACGCCCUGCGGAAACAGGGGCUCGUGUACUUUACUUAUACCCCGACCACCACCACUACUACUACUCCCGCCGUUCAGGCGACAGGGACGCCCAGUGGCGGCGAAACCGUGACAAUCGAGUCCCUCCUAACACAGGGCCUCAUCGAGGCCACCCCGCUCACAUACGAGGACUUCCUGCCCUUCUCCGCCGCGGGCAUCUUCCAGUCCAACCUCGCCACCGGCACAGAGCACCAGCACUCCCCUCCCGCCGCGACGUCCCCGUCAAAACAGCCGGGGCAGGUAAAACUGUCCAUCUCCGACGUAAAGGCCCUGGAGCGCGCCAUGGGGUGCAAGGUGCUCGACGCGGACAAGCUCUAUGCCGCCGCCCAGGCCGAGAGCUUGAGGAAAUGCGAGGUCGCGUUGGGUUUGCCCGAGGGGUCGCUGUGAAAAAAGGUUUAGGGUUCGGAAAGAAGGGGGGGGGGACAUUGCGACGAGAAAAGAAGCAGAAGAAGAAGGGAACUUAGGACUUGCGAGUAUGAGCCCAUGGCAUCUAUUGCUGGCUCGUCCACUGUGAAUAAAGAAAUGAAAUAGCCCGCGCAUAGUUUAUGAAAUCUUGUCGACAAGUA